AAUUGGCAUUAUCAGCAUAGCAGAUAUCCAACGGAAGGACUAUGUAUAAAUAGAUAACAGCGUAAAUUUCGCAGUUGUUUCAAUAAUUCGCAACAAUUCAGUUGAACUAAAGUGCACCGUCGAGGCAAAAGUAGUGAUUCCCCUGAGUGAUCGUUACCGUUAAUUAACAUAACCUUGACGUGUCUAAACUGUUCCACAUGCGUGUUUCCUAACCUUAGAUCAUCAGCAGCAAAAAUUGGAAAUGUUUGAAUUUUAGUCGGUGGUGACUUUUUCCCCCAGAUAAACGGGGCAAAGUGGCCGUUGGGAGAUCGUGGAAUGGAUUCGACGAAGAAGUUCGACAAUCCCAGUCCGGAAGAAUCGGCCGGCUGGUUGAACAAACUCUUCUUUUGUUGGGUGCUGCCAGUUUUCAAACUCGGCUACCAAAAGGACUUGCAAGUCGAAGACAUCUACAACACGACCAAAGCCGAUCUGUCCCAACCUUUAGGAGACAUUUUAGAAAGAAACUGGAACGAAGAAGUACUUCGAGUGCAAAAAUCUGGCAAACCUCCCAGCUUAAAACGGGCAAUAUGGAAAACCAUCGGCAAGUCCUACAUGAUCAUCGGGUUCUUAAUAUUCCUCAACACGUUCCUAAUAAAAAUGAGCCAGCCAAUUGUUCUGGGCCGCUACAUCAAGUACUUUGAGAAGAACUCAACUCAUGACGCCUCCACGGGAUGGUUGCUCGGAAGUGGCGUGAUAUUGCUGGCCUUUCUGCACAAGGUUGUCAUGCACUAUACAGUCCUCAACUGCUCGAGAGUGGGGAUGAGAGUGCGCGUAGCCUGCUGCUCCUUGAUCUAUCGAAAGUUGCUGCGAUUGAAUCACAUUUCGUCCGGAAAGACGACUGCCGGCCAAUUGGUCAAUUUGCUAUCCAAUGAUGUGGUUCGAUUUGAUUUCGCCCUGGGGUUCCUGCACUAUAUCUGGAUAAUGCCCUUGCAGGGAAUAGCGGGAUUAAUUGUUAUGUACAGUUACAUACAAAAUGCGGCUUUUCCCACCAUGCUGGUGAUGACCAUUCAGGCAGUUCUGGGACAAGGGUGUUUAUCCAAGCUGCAAGGCAGGUUUAGAGGAAAAAUCGCCACUCUCACCGAUCAAAGAGUGAAGCUAAUGAGCGAAAUCACCUCGGGGAUUCAGGUAAUUAAAAUGUUUGCUUGGGAGAAACCGUUUGAAAAGAUUGCGGACAUUUCACGCAGAAAAGAAGUCAAUAUGAUUGCCCGAAACUCAUACAUCCGAGGCUUUUCUUCGGCUUUGAACAUUUUCAUCGAACGUGCCACUCUUUACAUUGCUGUUAUUUCCUACGUCCUACUAGGGAAUCGGAUAACAGGCGAGGUGGUUUUCUCAGUAGCCCAGCUGCUCAACACCAUACAAUUGUACAUGUCAGUCUUCUUCCCAUUGGCUUAG